ACUAAUCCAUUUCCCAUGUGAUUAGAAAUUAAUAACAAAGUGUAUUACUAAAAUAGAUGAUGGACUUUCUUAGAAACCAAAAUCGAGUUCAUAUGCUAAUUGAUGCCACUAUAUAAAUUCAUCAACUUAAAUUCACCUUCUCAAGUCAAAUUUGUAAAUUUUCCACACAAAAACACAAAUAAUUACACUAAAAAAAAGAUGAGUCUAAUCAAUUUUUUGCUACUAAUUAUGGUUGCGACAAUAAGACUCUUACCUGCCGCUCUAUUCAAGGUGGCGGCAGAGGUUGUUCCGACUAGCCACUUGGCUCGUAAAGAAGGGUGCCCUACAAAAUGUGGUAAAGUAACCAUACCAUACCCAUUUGGUAUAGGGAAGGGAUGCUAUUAUCGCGAUAGCGAGGAGGAUGACAUCUACUAUCAAAUCAUAUGUGAGCACAAGCAUGGUGUUGCACGUCCUAUGAUUGGCAACAUGGAGUUGCUACACAUUUCGUUAACCCAAGGCGAACUGCGAAUCGCUAACUUUGUUUCUCAUACAUGCUAUUUCAAGAAUGGAACCCAAAUCACCCAAAAUAGUCCUACACUAGACAACGGAAAAUUCACCAUUUCCACCACCAAGAACGUGUUUGCAGCCACAGGGUGCGACACCUACGCAUGGUUCGAAGGUAGGAGGCACGAGAGGUCGUAUCACACGGGUUGUAUGACGGUAUGCGACUCCAAGAAUGAUGUAACUAAUAACGCAUGCACUGGACUUGGUUGCUGCCAGACCCCCGUCCCUAGUGGUGUCAACAACAUCAGUAUUCAGGUCUCGAGCUUCGAUAACCACACCGGCGUUAACAACUUCAAUCCAUGUGGGUCUGCUUUUGUGGUGGCAAGGGAUUCAUUUAAAUUUAGCCUAGCAAAUUUAACUAGGGUACCUCGUAAGAUUCAGGUGCUUCCAAUCGUUCUUGAUUGGAUGGUUGGCAUAGACAAUUGCUCGAUUGCUAAAGCAAAUGGUAACUAUUUGUGCAAGAAGAAUAGUAUUUGUGAUGAUUCAAAUCUUGAUGUUGGUUAUCGCUGCAAAUGUUUGCCUGGAUAUUGGGGUAAUCCAUACUUCAGACGCGGCUGCAAAGAUGUGGAUGAAUGUGCGAAUGAGUACCUGAAUGAAUGCGAGAAACAAGAAUAUUGCUUUAACACCUUGGGAAGUCAUUAUUGCAAGUGCCCAAAGGGAUUCCAUGGAAAUGGUACCAAGACUGAUCAUUGUGUUCCUUUUGAAAAGAAGACUCUUUUAACUGGCUAUAAGAUUGCUAUUGGCGUUGGUGGUGCCAUUUUGAUUUCAAUAAUGCUUGGCUCUUGGCUUUACUGGCAACAUGAGAAAAGCCAACUCAGGAAAGCACGCAAGACCUUCUUUCAACAAAACGGAGGUCACUUGUUACGGCAAAAGCUCAAAGGACGAGAUGUAUCUGUUGAUGUAGUCAAGUUAUUUACAGUUGAAGAACUAGAAAAGGCGACCAACAAAUAUAAUGAUAACAAUAUCGUAGGAAAAGGAGGCUUUGGAGUUGUUUAUAAAGGUAUUUUACCUAACAAACAAAUAGUUGCCAUUAAAAAAUCUCUCAAAGUGGACGCAAACCAAAGUGAACAAUUCAUCAAUGAAGUGAUUGUGCUUUCACAACUCAACAAUAGGCACGUAGUUCAACUCUUAGGAUGUUGUCUAGAGACAGAAGUGCCUCUACUUGUUUAUGAAUUCAUCAACAACGGGACAUUAUAUGACCAUUUGAGUGACGAAGAUAAAGCAUAUCUCCUUACAUGGGAACAUCGAUUAAAGAUUGCAUUAGAAAUUGCGGAGGUUUUAUCCUACCUACACACGACUAUUUCUAUACCAAUUAUUCAUAGAGAUAUGAAAUCCAUGAAUAUUCUAUUAGACAAAAAUUAUACUGCGAAAGUGUCUGAUUUUGGAGCUUCAAGGUUGGUUCCUAUGGACCAAGAUAACUUGGCUACUAUGGUUCUUGGAACCUAUGGUUAUUUGGAUCCUGAAUACCUACAAACAGGAGAGCUCACUCAAAAGAGUGAUGUUUAUAGCUUUGGGGUUGUCCUUGUUGAACUUUUGACACGACAGAAAGCAAUUUCUAAUGAGAGGCAAGAUAAUGAGAAAUGCCUUGCCAUUUUCUUCCUUCGGAAAUUAAAUGAAGAACGAUUGCAAGACAUCGUUGAUGAAAAAUUAAUUGUGACAGACGAGUUGAUGGAUCAAAUAAAGGAAGUUGCCAAACUUGGUCAAUGGUGUUUGAGACUAAAAGGAGAAGAGAGACCCUCCAUGAAAGAAGUUGCGACGGAGCUACAAAGAAUCAAAGGAAUGAUGGUUGGAUCACAUCCUUGGUGCAGAAGUGACACAAUACUUCAAGAGGAGAGUGCCCAAUUGCUUGCAGCCACUGUGCCAGUUGAUAUUGAUCAUGAUAACAAGGACAAAAACAUGGACUCUUUUGAUAGCGCGCUUAUAUCUCUGGAAUACGGAAGAUAACUAAUGGUAAUAGGGGUGAAAGUUAUUCGGACAAAAUCCAAUGCAAUCCAAUCCGAAUUAGUAAUUCGGAUCGAAUUUGGAUUGAAAUUUUUUGAAAAAUUGGAUUUUCGGAUCGAAUUGGAUUGAGGGUAAUUGGAUCCAAAAAUUCAAUAUAACCAAAUAGUAAUAUGCCUUGUAAUAUUUAUUUGGAUUGGGCUUAAGUGCUUAACUGAAUUUUUUAAUAAAAAAAGCCUAGUCCAUACCCCAGUGGGCAUAGCACUCAAUGCUUCCCCUAAAUCCCUAACAACACUUAAUUACUCAUUUCCUAAAUCUACUAGGCGGUUCUUGUGCUUAAUUUAUUUCAUCGAAAAAAUAUAAAAAAAUCUUAUUUUCUGAUCAGAUCCAAUCUAGAGUAUGAAAAUUCGGAUUGGAUUCGAUCGGAUUCAAAUUUCUAAUUGGUUUAGAUUUGGAUAGGAAAAUUAAAAUCCAAAUUUUGUUCGGAUCGGAUUGGAUUAGGCCCUAAUCCAAACCGUACACCGAAUGUUCACCCCUAAAUGGUAUUAUGUAAAAAUAACUUAGGGAUUGUUCAAUAUCAUUGCAAUUUUCAAAUAUUUGUUUCAAUGAUUUACAAGUCUUGUGAUAUAGAAAUAGGUUGUAUAAUGUAACUAACCAAAUGACAUAUUAUACCGUACAAUUAUGUUUAAAUUUAAAAACUGUUAGAUUCAAAACCUUGUAUAUAGUUUCAUGUGUUGAAUAUAUUAGCCCAGCUGGUGAGGCCCAAGAAGAAGAGCAGCAGCAGCACAACAAAAUAACUAAUUUGUAACAGAAUGCCAGCUCAGAAUGACCCAUUUUUAUUUACUUUCUUCUAUUCUGCUGUGAUAAAUGUAGAAGUACAAAUACUUCUCUCAAGCUUUAGAUUCAUUCAUUCAGUUGAUUAGUUUACCUUAGGCUGUAUUUCUCUCUCAAUUAAAUGAAAUUAGUUCUAAGUUCAUGAGCUUUCCAAUGGGAGCAGUGAAGGAUUAAAUUCUAGUGUUGUUUGAUGUUUGAUCUUUAUCUCUGAAUCGGAACAUGGUAUCAAAGCUCAAGUAAAAGAUUCUGGAAACAUUGAUUGU